AUGAAAAAGAUUCUAAAAUUACACUUAAUUAAGAAAUUUUGGCAGAUCAAUGAAUGCAGGAUUCCUUUAAUUGUAUGUCAUUCAUGGCUUGCUGAUGACGGUACAUUACGUCUUUCUGGGAGUUCUCAUGAUAAUUUUGAACAUGGAAAUGAGGGACAAUCAGUGGGUAGAGAAUAUUGCCAGUCUCCCACUCUGGAUACCACAUCUCUUGAUCCUAUCACUCAACAAAUGCUAGAAGCCCAUAUUGUAAGAUUUCGAAUGAAUCAGAAAUGGGGCCUGCCUCUCAAGGUCCAUGAAUCCAUAAAAUUCUAUACACUAAGAGAAGCCAAAUCAUGGCCUCUUCCCCAAUUUGAAUUACCCUCUUCAACAUACCAGAUUUCUGCGAAGGCUCCCGAAGCCAUAAUUUCCCAAUCCUUUGAAGUAAUCUCUCAAGAUUUACCAGAAGACAAAUUGUUACCAAUAAAAUCAGUCUCCACAAAAGAUUGUCUUCUCUCUGCUGUCUCACCUGUAGAUAAGGAAGAGCAAAAGACCCUAAAACCUUUUGACAGUGAUCAGAUACUUCCACAUGGCUUUCAGACAACUGAGGAUGACAAGCAGGAUUUAUUUCCCCUCAAACAAAGUGUCACACACAGAAGGCUUCACAGUGAGCCCAUUACACUGAGUAGGCAGAACUCUGAGGUGAAUAUAAGUGAAGAUGACUCAAGACAUGAGUUGAAGGAUAAGCAUGUGAGUUUCAAGGGCGAAGUAGAAAUGUUUCAGGAGACUAUGACAGGAGAGGAGAAUUUAGAACAUGUUCCAGUGACAAACCUGUGCAGGGAGAUAGUAAAGGCUGAGGAGUUCUUUGGUCAUCAAUCAUCAUCUUGUGAUAUUUUGACAACCAGAGAGCUGGGAAAUGCACAAAUAACAAACAUGAAUAUGAGUAAAGUAGGAAAUGCUUUAAUUAAAGAAGUCUCAAUAUUGCCAAGAAUGUCAGUUUCCUGCCAUCCUGAGCUAUUACAACUUGAAAAGCAGCUGAUGAAUGAAUUAAAGUUGAAAUUUCAUGGCCAGAGUCAGGUUGAAAGCUGUUCCACUAACACCCCUUUUGCCUCAACUAGAUUUCCUUCCACUGCAUGCCCAAUUCAUGAUCAGAAAGUCCCCUGUGUGCUUAUGGCAUCUUUCCCAGACCUGCAUGUCCACAGAAGAGGCAAAAUUAUCCGCAUGGAAGAGAGGCAGAAACUCUCAAACUGUAAGCAUGUCUUAGAGGAAUGCCAGAUUAAAAACUUUACACCUACUGACAGAAAAGUGACCCAUCAGGGACCUAGGUUAGGACAGUAUAGAACAAAUAAUUUAGGAUUAGAGAUAUUAUCUAAAUCAAGAGGGAAAGACCACCUUGCCCAAACCAAGAAAUUGGAGACUAAGAAAUUAGACUCCCCCGUAGUCCUAUCACAGAAGGAAGAGAGUCCUGAAGAAAAUUUCUUCAGAAAAAAGGUAAAGCAACUUUUCCAGUGGAUUUAUUCCAAGCGGAAGUACAGUGUCUUCCAAAAAUCCAAUAUCCUGUUGACCCCUGCACAGUGCCAAGACCCACUGGACUCUGGGUCUGAUGAAGCUCAGGAGCUCAUGGCAGUCAUUGGGAAAAUGCUGGAGGAGAAACUAGGAUGCAGAGAAGGGUUUCAUCAUGAGACAGAAAUGCAAGUCCAUGUCGAGUCCACUGAUGGGCCUUUCUCCAAUAUCAGGGCUCUCUCCACUCCAGAACAGAGGGAAAGAUCCAGUACCAACGUUGGCAGCCAAAAAGCUGUACCUAAAGGCCACAGUUGCCAUUCAAGAGAAAGACAGAUCAGAAACAAGAACAGACAUCUUCAGCAAACAAAGGGUUUUCACAACCACCUAAUAUCUCAGAGUUACUGUUCCAUCCCAAACCCUAGGGAGUCUGUGUGCCAUGGAUACCACCUCCACAAUGCAUCAAGUAUGCCAAGUACCUGA